UCAGAAAAAGCUUUUGUGGAGUCGUGAGACGGAAAAGAGCAUCACCCAGGACUGGACACAGAUGACUACUAAGUUUAGCCAACCACGACUGGAACAGGGUACUCUUGCGCCCUACGUCAAUUGCAAUUCGUACUUUCUAGACCGGUCACUGAAAAUCGUCGUAAUAGCGUCUGGGCAAAACGCUAUUUACGAUGUUUUGUGUGGAAAUCUCAUCGGCCUGAGUGAUGAGGUCUGAUGUGACUCCACAUUAUUUAUAUUUAUACUCGAGUCAAAAGUCGAGGUUUUCCUCGGUAAUGUCCAUGCCAAUUAUUUUGCCUUCACUUGUUUUUAGCGCUGGUUCAACAUUCGAUUGUACAGACCUUCUUCGAUUGGGACGAGGCUCAGGACUUAGGGCUUCUGACGUGCAGGUCUGCUACUUCAGAAUUUGACCUGAGGAUCUAGAUGACGACGAUCUGAUGAUUAUGGGAUUUCUUCACAGAUGAGCUUUGGUGCAGCAGCAUCACUUAAAUUGGCAACAAGAUGAUCCACAUUGGGAGCAGAAGGUGUUGGGCCUUGGGGGCGAGAAGGUUGCCAUCGCUUGUGGAAUUAGCUGCAGGAUCGAAUUGGCCUCAAGGAUUGACAGGUUCUCAAGUACGAGAACUUUCUCAGAACAAUUUUGAUCAGGCCUCUAGAGGCCAGUCCUUUGAUGGCACGGUCAGCAGGGUCGUACCCGGAGGAGUGCGUCACUUCAGUAGUGGAAGAUUUAGAGAUGAAUCAGGGGGCUUCAGGUUUGACGUAUCUCCUCCUACCAAUUUUGGGGUCCGCAUCGUGCCUGAGAAAAAGGCCUUUGUGAUUGAGCGCUUUGGAAAAUAUUUGAAGACCUUGAGCUCAGGCAUCCAUAUUCUCAUCCCUUUCGUAGAUCGUAUAGCAUACGUGCAUUCGCUGAAGGAAGAGGCAAUUCCUAUUCCCAAUCAGACCGCGAUCACCAAGGACAAUGUCAGCAUAUCCAUCGAUGGAGUACUUUACGUCAAGAUAGUGGAUCCUAUCAAAGCUUCUUAUGGUGUUGAAAAUCCUGUUUAUGCAAUCAUCCAACUCGCUCAAACUACGAUGCGAAGUGAACUUGGAAAGAUCACUCUAGACAAAACGUUUGCAGAGAGGGAUACUCUGAAUGAGAGCAUAGUGAAAUCAAUAAAUGAUGCUGCUACAGAUUGGGGUCUUCAGUGUUUGCGUUACGAGAUUCGUGAUAUCAACCCACCGCCCGGCGUAAGAGCUGCGAUGGAAAUGCAGGCUGAAGCCGAGCGCAAGAAGAGGGCUCAGGUUCUUGAGUCUGAAGGAGAACGGCAGGCCAACAUCAAUAUAGCUGAUGGAAAGAAGAGCUCUGUGAUUUUGGAGUCCGAGGCUGCUAUGAUGGACCAGGUUAACAGAGCAAAGGGAGAAGCUGAGGCAAUCUUUGCAAAGGCAGAAGCCACAGCGAAGGGCAUAAGAGAGCUUUCCGAGGCAUUACGAGCGGAAGGGGGUCCUGAGGCAGCAUCUUUGAGAGUGGCAGAACAGUACCUUCUUGCGUUCAGCAACAUCGCGAAGGAGGGCACAACCAUGCUAUUGCCUAGUAAUGCUGGUGAUCCUGCAGCUAUGAUGGCUCAAGCAAUGUCCAUAUACAAAGGUGUUGUAGGCCCCGGCGGAACGUCGAAAUACCCAACACGGUCAAACAAGGGCUCCUCGUUCCAGACAGGGACAAACAAGGAAGGUAGUAGUCAGGAAUCAGAUAAUGAUGAGUUGGAGCCUCCACUCAAAACCGAUAAGCCUGUUCGUGCUGGCAGAGGAGGCGAGAUGAGCGCUCUUCCCUACAGUGGUGAUCCCUCUAUAUUCAGCUUGCAAAACCCAACAAAGCACCCUCCCACUCCUUUUUCUCUCUCUUCUCCGAGUGAGUAGGAACCUGCCUCGAUUCUUUACCGUUGAGUAGUUCUUAAGCACUGUCCCUCUCGUCACGUUACUAGGAGCACUUACAGUCCCCCUGAUCAAUUUUAGCCCUUAGAGCAACAAGUUUAACAACAUUCAGUCACUAAAAAGAGAUGGCGCCGUGAGCAGUGGAGCAAUUCUUGGCCCAACCAAUUGUUAGUCAGCCUCGUUGGUGGUGGUAUGUUAGUUCUAUGCAAAUUUUUGGCAGAAACUGAGAUCAAGAUCAAGUAGUCGGAGUCAUUCUCCUACCAGAGGAAGGCUCAUACUGUUUAAAGUGAAGGGAAUAUCACAUCAAGAAGUUUUGGUUCCAUGAAUUGAGUGAUUGGUUUGAUGACCUCACAGUAGAGAUUUUUUCUAUAAUGCUUUGUACACUUCACAUUCGUCGGAUAUUAAACUCAUUUAAUUGA